AUGAUGCUGUUGGAGAAUAUUUCAGAGACAAGUGAAUUUAUUCUUGUGGGUUUAACGGACACCCCCGAGCUGCAAGUCCCUUUAUUUAUAAUCUUUGCUCUCAUUUACAUCAUCACUCUGGUUGGGAACCUUGGGAUGAUCACAUUGAUUCUGCUGGACUCUCGGCUCCACAUUCCCAUGUACUUCUUCCUGAGUCACCUCUCCCUGGUGGACUGUGUUUAUGCCUCUGCUGUCACUCCUAAGGUGGUGGUGGGGUUUCUCACAGGGGACAAGGUCAUUUCCUACAACGCAUGUGCUGCCCAGAUGUUCUUCUUUGCGGCCUUUGCCACUAUUGAAAGUUUCCUCCUGGCCUCCAUGGCCUUUGACCGCCAUGCAGCAGUGUGUAAGCCCCUGCAUUACACCACCACCAUGACAAGCACCACGUGUGUGCUACUUGUUGCUGGAUCCUACAUGUGUGGACUCCUGCAAUCUUCUAUCCAUGUUGUCUUCACUUUCCAUCUCUCCUUCUGUCAUUCUAAUAUGAUUAAUCACUUUUUCUGUGACAUUCCCCCACUUCUGGCUCUGUCUUGUUCUGAUAUCUACACAAAUGAGAUUGUGCUGUUCACACUGGCAUCAUUCAAUGUUGCCUCUACACUCUUGGUUAUCUUGAACUCCUACCUGCUUAUUUUCAUUGCUAUCCUGAAGAUGAGUUCAGCUGAGGGCAGGAAGAAGGCCUUCUCUACCUGUGCUUCUCACCUCACUGCAGUCUCCAUUUUCUAUGGAACAAUCAUCUUCAUGUACCUCCAACCCAGCUCCAGUCACUCCAUGGACACUGACAAGGUGGCUUCUGUGUUCUACACCAUGGUCAUCCCCAUGCUGAAUCCUCUGGUCUACAGCCUGAGGAACAAGGAAGUCAAAAGUACAUUUCAGAAAGUUGUUGGAAAAACAGUCUUAACUAGGAUUGGAUGA